AUGGCUGGAAGGAGGAACGAGUCUGGACCGCCGAUGACGCUAUCUCAUGCACGGCCUCCUUUUAAAAACCAGAGGGCAAGUUCAUCAGCCCAAUCCAAUUCGUUGCCUUCUACACCAAACCACCAUCCUCGUCAGGCUAAUGGAGCUUCUCGGAGCCCUUCACCAACGUCUGCUCUUGAUUCGCCAAGGUCGGCGGCAUCAGAGCCACUAAUUCCAUCUAUCCAGAAGGCGCCAGUGGUAUCGCCUAGAACAUGUAUUUAUGAGACAGGGCUGGCUAACAUCCGAAGGCGGAUGCCAUACUCUUUGGGAAUCGACAAGCUUGGAAACGAGAAGCCAAAAGCCGAAAGGCUGUCUGUCGAACAGGAAGGGAAAUUUACGGAAGAUAUAAAGAGUUUAUUCGAGACAUUGAAGCCGAGCGAAGCUAGCGGGGAUCGGAGGCGGAGAUUUUUGGAAAAACUUGAGAGGUUGCUGAAUAGGGAGUGGCCAGGUCAUGAUAUACAAGUGCACGCUUUUGGAUCAACUGAGAAUCACCUUUGCAUGAUUGAUUCAGAUAUUGAUGUGUGUAUAAAGACUAGUUGGGAUGGACUCAAGUCGACAUGUUACUUGGCAGCGAGGCUUGCUAAAUGUGGCAUGGAACGGGUGGUUUGUGUGCCUGGAGCCAAGGUUCCAAUCGUAAAGAUCUGGGACCCUGAGUAUCAGGUUGCAUGUGACAUGAAUGUCAACAGCACUUUGGCCUUGGAUAAUACUAAGAUGAUUAAAACCUAUGUUGAGAUUGAUGAGCGGGUUCGACCGCUUGCCAUGAUCAUCAAACAUUGGACAAAAAAACGGGUAUUAAACGAUGCUGCUGGCGGUGGAACCUUGAGCUCCUACACCUGGAUUUGUAUGAUUUUAAACUUCCUACAGACUAGAGAUCCACCUAUCCUGCCCGCUUUACAUCAAAGACCCCACAAGAAACGGCCCCCUAUAAACGGUGUUGAUAUAUCUUUCGAUGACGAUAUCGAGACAUUAAAGGGGUUUGGGCACAAUAACAAGGAAACCUUAGGGGAGCUGCUUUUUGCCUUUUUCAAAAAGUACGGGCACGAGCUAGAUUAUGAGAAGAGGGUCAUAUCAGUCCGCCAUGGAAAGCUUCUGUCUAAGGAAGAAAAGAAUUGGCAGUACCUUCAGAAUAACCGACUCUGUGUUGAGGAACCAUUCAACUUUACUCGAAAUCUGGGAAACACAGCUGAUGACUCGUCAGUUCGCGGGCUUCAUCUGGAAUUCAGGAGGGCGCAUAAGAUACUAUCGGAGGAUGCAGACUUGGCUGCUGUUUGUGAGCAGUACGAGUUCCCUCCCGGGGAGCCCCAUACAUCAGUACCGAUCCAGCAGCCGGUGCAUCGCCCUGUUACCCUCACCCGUGGUUACCCUAACCACAAGUCACGGGGAGGAUAUAAUAAUAGAGGCAAUCGGCCGCAACACUAUAUGAAUGGUAACCGGAAUGGCAACCGGAAGCCUGGUAACAACAAUUAUAACAAUCAUUCUAACAAUGUUCCUCUUCAGCAUCGCUAUCUGUCACCUGAGAUAUUCGGAUAUGUCCAGACUCCACAGGAGCAACUGUUGGCUUUGCAAGCUCAAUUUCACCAUGCACGUGUAGCCCAGGCUCAGCUCGCGCAAGCUCACGUUCACGCUCAGUUGCAUGGGCAACAGACUCAGACCCAGAGUUCUAGUGCCUCUACUAAUGCCCAUGGAUCUGCACUGACACCCCAAGACUUUGCAGCUAUGGGUACUUUAUCGUCCUAUGCAUAUUUUGCGCAACUCUGGGGGAUGAAUUACUACUACCCUUCCGCACCUUUACAUAGUGAACUCCCAACACAGAUGGCUCCACAGGUGGCGACUGGAAUGAAUGAGUCUAGGCAGCGGGCUGGCCAGCGGCGGCAUAACGGGUAUAGUGCGGGAUCAAGAUCCCAGUCUCAACCUCCCCCAUUAUCUGAAGUGUAUUCGGUGCCAAGUUAUGGUCGUGGGGGGUCAUCUGCAACAGGCGUUACUGGUUCGGAGGGUGAUGAUUUUGCCGACCAUUCUUCCAACGGAAACCCAGCAACCCCCCCCGAGGAGGAGCCGGACGAGUACGUUGGUUACUAUGCAUAUGGUGGGUCACUGCAGAGUGCCCCGGCGGUUGUUGACUCGGUCGGUGAAGAGGAGGAGCCCUUUAUAGAGCAAAAGUCUAUUGUUGAUCGUCAGUCAAUUUCACUUGGUAGCCCAGGCUCAUUUGAGGAUCGUGGGCCAGUCAUUGUCAAUGGAUCCAUCUCGACAUCUUCAGUUCCAUAUCCCGAUACUCCAUAUUCAGGCCUUCCGCUCCCUUCCGAAGAGCUGUAUCAGUACGACGGACUUAUGUCAGGUGUAGACCCGGGCGGGUCUGAGAGAUCUGGCGACAAAUCUCUGGGUACGGAGGCCAUCAAGAACGAUACGUCUUCCCUCGCCCAGAAGCUCCUCGAGGUGCAUAUUCAAGCAGCCGUCGGAGGCCCUGAGGCAGGGCUUACCGGUUCUGCUCAAACAUAUACCAAUGGUCCGUCUUCGGCGAGUGUCUCUACGUCGAGUCUCCUUUCUUCACCCCAAAACACGCAGCCGUCCCAAGUGACGUCUGACGACGAUGUGGACACUUCCGUUUCCCCUAGGCUGUCGCCUAACUUGCGCCAACGCGCGGCCAGGGAGCAACUUCUGUGGAGCAAUGCUAGGGUUCCACCUGCCGAUAAUACUAACUCCAAGACGGCUGGCGCUUCACAGGCAGACCUUGCCCCACCUCUGACACCUGUGCCUGAGGUUCGGUCUCCAUCCCCCACACCUGCGCCAAUAUCGGUACCAGCCCCAGUGCUGGCUCCAGCGAAGAGGGAAUCUAGCAGCACUUUACCGCCAAAGUCUGGACAUAAUGGGCAUAGUGGAAGGAGAAGUGGCAGAAAUCAUUCUGCACAGGUACCUCCCACUCCAGCAGAUAAGUCGUCCAAGAGUUCUGUUGCGGAAGACCAAAAAGAGGAACUCACCCAAAACAAAUGAUUCUCCUCCUGUUAAUGAAGCGGACCGGAAGGGUGGAUAGGCUGACUCUUCCCUCUUUUCUUCCACACUUCGCCUAGUUGCCAGGUGUUUGGGGGUAAAGUUGAGUUUGUACGAUGGAAUUGUCGAUACAUGACAAAAAGUGAUGACUCUGGCGCAGGAGUGUAAUCGAUUGUUUUUCCUUAACUCUAUUUGCAGUUGGCCCCUGUUUUGUGCUUUUUCUUUUGUUUUUGCACUCGGGAUUAACGGUGGUGGGUUUUCAGAAUGCGUGAUUUUUACUUUUCUUCCCUAGCAUUUCUUUUUUGCCCCCUUUCCCCGUGCUAUUUCAGAAUCAAUGUGGGUUUCUUGGUCUGUUAUAUCUUAUUAAUACGGAAACGGGAUUGAUCCAUGGCAACUGCAUUGUCCAUAUCAUUUUUAUCCCUAGUUUUUUUGUAUUCCCACUUCACUCCCUUUCCCACUGGCUUAUUUUUGAAUUUUUCCUUUUUUUUGACGUUUUGCGUUAUUUCGGGGCUUACUUUAUAAACAAACACUUUUUUUUUUCUUUCCGUUUUCACUUUCCGUUUUCACUUUUUUCCCUUCUUGUUUUUGCUUUUUCACGUGACGAGGAAAGGUAGCCUGUGGAAUUGGAUGCAGCAGCAAAGGAAGAAAAGGCUCAGGAAUUUGUAAAGAACAGUUUUCUUCUUCAGUUGCUUUCAUUUCCUUCAUUUAUCCUUGUAUCACCAUAACGAACAACCAGGCACAACAAAAGGCUUUCUCGCCCUCAACAGAGAGAAAUUGCCUAAAGCAUCAUCGUCACUAUGGCAGAGAGGGCCGCGAAUUUCUCUCUAUUUUUUUUAUCCCCUUUCAGUUUCUAUAAAAAAAAAAUUCCAUUGACAGUGUUUCUUUUGUCUUUAAAUUUUUUUUUUUUUGCUCACUUAUAGGGCCUUUUAUACUCUUAUACACCGGGUUUUUCUCUUCCUUUUUAUUGCGUUUUUGCUAAUUUUUUACCAUGGGAUGGAGCGGAUGCGGAUGGAUUGGUGUCUUGUUUGGGAGUCUUUUGCUUUUGUUUCCAUUUUAUUUAUAUAUAUAUAUAUAUAUAUUACAUCUGACUUUUACUUA